AUAAAUUAUUUUUUUUUAAUUUAUAACAAAUAAAAUUGUUAUAUGAAACUUUUGUAUAUAUAGUAUGGUAAAAAUUGUAUUCUAAUAUUUUGUUAAUAUAAUAAAAUAAGGAGUUAAGUGACAUAGGAAUUUUAUUCCAAUGUUUCGUUGCUGAUAUCUUCACUAGGGGUUAAUAUCACAUUAUAUGGUUUAUAACCGGAAGCUUCGAACUAUAAUUAUAUAAAACCGAAUCGUGAAAAUUUAAAAUUCUUUAAAAUAAAUAAUUGAGAGGUGAAAAGUGAAUUUAGAAGUGAGAGAUCAACGCAAAUAAGUAGUGAGAAUAAAGUAUAGUAUUGAGAACAAUGUACAGCUCAAUUAAAAUCACGUGAACGAAUAUCACAAAUGGUUGAAUAAAAUAACCAAUGAAUAAAAGUCUUUACAUGUCUUUUAUAAUAUUUUAUAUUAUUUAAAGUCAUAUCAAAUAAGAUUGUGGAGAGGUGUAAGUCGUAAUAGUAAUUUUGUAGUGAAAUAUAAAGACGUAUUAGUGUCCGCCCUUUUUCAUUAAAAAAUGGUACCAUCAUGUUUCGAAGUGAUCCUUGUCGGUUUCAUCCUUAUUUUACCUUUCUUAUACGAAAUGAGCAGGACCUUUCGUUACUAUUUCAAGAUUUCGUUCUACUGUGGAUAUAUGAUGAUAAAUUCAUUUUUAUUGCUCCCAAUUUUGAUGUUACGACCAAGAAACGUAAAAAACUAUCUAUUAGGAUCACUUAUGUGUUCUUGGCUUACUAAAUUCUUAGGAGUACAUUGGGAAUUAAGGGGGAAAGAACAUUUAGAACAAGAAAGAGCAUGUAUAAUAGUAGCAAAUCAUCAAAGUUCUUUAGAUGUAUUGGGAAUGUUCAAUAUAUGGCCAAUAAUGGGAAAGUGUACAGCUGUAGGAAAAAAAGAAAUUUUAUAUGCAUGGCCAUUUGGUUUAGCCGCUUGGUUUUGUGGAAUGAUAUUUAUAGAUAGAAUGAAUUCAGAAAAAGCUCAUUCAGUUAUUAAUAAUGCUACAAAUUAUAUUAAAGAAAAAAAGAUAAAAUUAUGGAUAUUUCCUGAAGGAACUAGACGCAAUACUGGUAAAAUUUAUCCAUUUAAAAAAGGUGCUUUUCAUGUUGCUAUACGUUUUCAAUUACCUAUAUUACCAGUUGUAUUUUCCUCUUACUAUUUUUUAUCUUCUGAAGAAAAGAAAUUUGAUCCUGGUCGUGUUAUUAUAACAACAUUACCACCAAUAUCUACAAAAGGAUUAAAAACAGAUGAUACUGAACAUUUAAUGGAAAUAACACGAAACAUUAUGAUGGAAGCUUUUCAUGCAACUAGUCGUGAAAUACAGUUUUCAAAUGCUUCUGCUACUUCCUAAAGUAAAGCAGUUAUUUUAUUGUAUAAAUAAAUUUUAUAUUCAUUCAUAUCUUGAUCAUAAUUAAGUCUCAGCUUGUAAAUCAAAAACUAAUAUUCUCUAUUUUAUUUAUCAAUACUUUGUUAAAUUUAAAUAUUUUAAUAUUUUAUGAAAUAUUUAUCCAUUUUGUAUAGAAAAUAUGUGCUAGAAACACUUAGUUAUUGUUAUAGCUGAUUUUAAUUCACAAUUUCUUUUAUUUAUUUUCAUCAAAUCUUUUUUCAUGUAAAUCACAAUUCAUCUUUAUAUAAAAUUUAUGAAUUUUAUAUAUAUAUGAAAAUAGAAAUACUAAUUUUUUCUUACUUAAAAAAAAUAUAAUAAAACAUUUUCUACAAAAAUGAAAAUAUUUAAGUAUAAACAAUGAUUUCAUUUUAUAUAUCUGAAUAGUUUAACUAGAUAAAAAAUUCAAAAAAUAAAAAUCUGUAUUUCGUUCAACGAUUUAACGUGUAAAUCACGUAAUAAAUGUUGCUUCGAAAGCGCUAAAUAGGCUAGACAAAUCUAUUUUCAUGAAAACUAACUAUAUUUGUAAAGUUUUAUCUCAAAAACUAUUUUGUGAAUUUAUAUUUAUAUCAUAUAUUUAUAUUAACAAAAAGUAAUUCUGCAAUAUGAUAAAUAUAUUAAUAUUCAAAAAAUAUAUUUUAUAGCCAGUAUUUCAAAACCGUAAAUUCAAUUCAUUUCACUUGAAUAUGACGAUUAUGUACUUACAGUUUUUGACUUAACUCGUUGGACGAAUUAUAGAUUCAAAUUCUAUAUAUGUUUUAUAAUAUAAAAUAUACUUUAUUUAGUAUUUUAUAAACAUUUUUAAAUAUAUAUUUCAUGCUUUCACUCAUUCAUAUGCACGUGAUUUAAUAUAUAAGUAAUACUAUUUAUUCAUAUUUUACACUUUUAAUAAAAUUUUUAUAUGAAUUAUCAGAUUUUAAAGAAUUUUAAAUCUUAUAAUGAUAAAUUUGAAUUUUUUAAGAUUUGAGAGAAAGCAAUAAAUAUAAACAAUAUCCGAUUUAUUCUAAAAACAAAUAGUAAUUAUAAAAAAAAAUUAUAUGAAAAAUAUUUUGUCUCGCACAUAAAUAUUCGCAUAUUCAUGUAACUUUUACUAAUCCUUAUAAAUAAUAAUUAUAUUAUAUGCAAAAUUGGAUUUACUAAUAGUAAUUAUAUAGCUUUUUCUAGUUAUUUUCAUUGAUUAAUAAUAUCAAUAUUUAUUAUGGUAAAUUAUAUUGAAUUUUUGCAAAAUUUAAAAUAUUACACAAUUGUUUAUAUAUUUAUGAUUAUUUAUUAAUAAAAAUUUAUGUAUUAAAAUUGACAAAAAAUGUUAUUUCGAAAUACAAAUAAAUUCAAGAAAAUAAAUUUUAUCUUUUAAUAGUUUUAUAAUUUGCAUGUCAAAAGUAUUAACAAAUGUAAGUUUAAUUUUAAGUCAGAAGCUAUAUUUGUAAAUACAAUGGUAAUAACCUCUAAGUAUGAAUUAUAUAUUAUAAAAAAAUAUAUGUUUUUCUGCUUUUUAUAAAAGUUUUUAUUUUAUGUAUAUAAUAAAUCUUCAUUAAAUAAAAUAUAUAUCAGUUUGAAAUAUUUAA